GGUGAUCUUUGAGAACAUGGUGGUGGAUCAGCAGCCAGUCAAGACAGCAGGAUAACAAACACAGCAAGAGAUCAUUAUAUAUCAAGAACUGGGGAUUUAUAAAAGGACAAUACAUUAUAUGCAACUUCUGAGUCUUCUGGCAGACCACAAGAGAGAAGAAAAUCCGGAUAUUACCACCACUGUGACUUGUUUUUGUGGAUAAAAGGAGUCAUGCUUGCAGAAAUAGCUGGUUAGCCAUCUACCCUCCAAAGAAAAAGGGACCGACUCGUUGGCGCAGCUGGAAGCCGAACACACGUCGCUUCCGGUCGGCCUGGCAACCAACGCGAUGCCGCGGCUUGAAACCAGCCUAUCCGGUAGAGCUAACUUCAGUAUGGGAACAUGAGGAGCACUCUGUCUGAUCUGAACCAGCCUCCACAGUAGCUUGAAGAUCUGAUCAAAAGCACACAACAGAGAGCCCCAUUGUGUGGACUGGAAAACUGAAGAUGAUGAUGAUGAUGGGGAUGAUGAUAAAAGAGGCCCAGUGACAGUGUUGAUCCCCCACCCCACCGCACCAGGAAGCCAGAGGAGUGUCACAAAGGCUGCAGACAUGAGUCUCCGCCAGCCCUCCUCUACACUGGACAGCCCUUUUGCUGCUUGGCUCAGCAGUCUGACCAUCGGGGACUCGGAGCGCAAAUCCUCUACCACCCAUCAGAGGGAGCCAUCGGUGGACAUCCCUGCUGAGAGUACGGGUACUGGUCUUGUCCAGAGAUGUGUGGUCGUGCAGAAGGACCAGCUCGGCUUCGGCUUCACAGUGUGUGGAGAGAGAGUCAAGCUAGUGCAGAAUGUCCGACCAGGUGGGGCAGCAGUCAAGGCCGGCGUCCAUGAAGGGGACCGAAUCAUAAAGGUGAACGGCUCGCUGGUGUCCUCCAUGUCCCAUCAGGAGGUGGUAAAGCUCAUCAAAUCUGGAACGUACGUCGCUCUGACACUACAAGGCCCGACCCCUUCAGCCUCGUCCUUGCCUCUAGAGCCCCUCUCGACCGACCUCACACCCAAUCAGAGGACAUCUCUCGGUGGGGAGGCUCCACCCCCUCCGCCUCCACCCUUGCCAUCUGGACUGAGCAACACCCCUUCCCAAAGAAUCACUGGACCCAAACCACUACAGGACCCAGAAGUCCAGAAACACGCCACUCAGAUACUCAGGAAAAUGCUGGAGCAGGAAGAGGCUGAACUGCAGGAGUUGAUGGAGGAGCAGUUGAGGAACCCGUCGUCGUUACUGGGGGAGCGGAUCGAGAGUGCCAAGAGGAGAGCUCACCAAGUCAGGGUCAAGAUUCAGCAAGAACUGGAGGGAACACGAUCAGAAUGUACCACGAGCUACGUCAUAGCAGGAGAAGGUCGACUAUCGAUGGACUCAAGCGAAGGAGACAUGGAGGCCUGUGAGAGUCCCCACUCCUCCCCUUCAUCCUCCUUCAGGACCCCACAACACCGACGGCAGAACUCCGACACACACCCCCUGUCUGAUUUGGGCGGAAAGGCCCAGAUCAUCGGCCCCGAGGAAGAGGACGAAGAAGAUGACGGCUAUCUCUUUAAUGAGAUGGACGGUCCAUUCCAGGACAUCGAGCUGUUGAAGUCCCGACCGGCACACAUGGCGGUGUUCAUGAGAUACGUCUUCACCCAGCUUCUGGACCCCAACCCUCUGCUGUUUUACCUGUCGGUGGAGGCCUACCUGAGCUCCAGCACAAAAGACGCCCGCGCACUUGCACCUCAGAUCUGCUCCCAUUACCUGGACCCAGACGCUCCCCUGAAAAUCAAAGUACGAGAGGAGUAUCUCACAGAUAUAGAAAGUCGACUUCAUGCCCAGGAGGACAUCAGAGGACCUCUGUCUGAGCUGCAGCAGCAAGUGCUGCCGGACAUCCAAGACCAGAUACAGGACUACAGGAACAAGCAGAUGAUGGGCCUCGGCUCUCUGUUUGGAGAAGGAGACCUGCAGCAGCUGGAUGGAGACCCGGCGAAAGAGAGGCAGGUGGUGGACAGACAGGUCACCGCCCUCUGGGAGAUACUAUCAAAGCACGAAGAGGACAGAAGUUCUCCUCUGGCAUCGGCCGUGCACCUUUACCUGCGUCACUCUGGUAUCAAGCUAAGAGACUCCAAGGUCUUCCCUGGUCUGAGCACCGAGAAGGAGAAGUGGCUCGCUUUCUUAAAGACGAAAAAGCUGACUGGUACCAAGAAAGAGAAAGAUGGAGAGGAUAAAAAGAGAAAUCCCAUCCUGAAGUACAUCGGCAAACCCCGGAGCACAUCCCAGUCCACAUUCCAUGUCCCGUUGUCACCCACCGAAGUCCGUCCUGGCAGUGUGAGGAACAUCAUUCAGCAGUUUGAGAAUCACACAGAGACGGAAGAGGAGGGAGGAGACGCCGCCGACCCCCAGAGGCUCUCGUCCAGCAGCCUGGGAGAAGACAGCAUGGACAGCCCGACGGUCUCGGUGCGCCUGGCACGCAGCGAGUCGCUGAAGGCCUCGGGAGAAGGCCGUCGGCGGGGAGUCGUCUCGGGGACGGAGUCCGUCCCUCGUUCUCGGAGCGAUGUGGACAUGGAGGACUGCGGGGAGGAGAGGGAAGGGCCGGGCCUCAGGCCGCUGCAGCACAGCACGUCGUCGUCUGCGUCCAGCAGCUCGGCACGGUCUCUAGAGAACCCUACACCCCCAUACACCCCUCGGUCUAGACGCAGGAGUGUAGACUCGCCGUUGGCCCUGCUGCCGGACGCUGCGGCGCUGGAGGAGGAGGUGUCUGACGGUCAGAACUGGCAGGACACGGUUCUCCCUCAGCUCCUCGCCACGCUCAGUCCGAGGGAGGUGGACCGACAGGCCGUCAUAUACGAGCUGUUCACCACCGAGGCGUCCCACCUGCGGACCUUGAGGGUCCUGGACCAGGUCUUUUUCCAGAAGAUGAGGUCUGUGCUGAACUCUGAUGAGCUGGCCUGCAUCUUCCCCAACCUGCCUCAGGUCUACGAACUCCACGCAAGUCUGUGCGAGGCGAUGAAGAAGAGAAGAGAAGCUCCCAUCGUUCAGGACAUCGGGGACGUUAUGCUGGCCAGGUUUGAAGGUGCAGCUGGAGAGGAGUUUCAGGAACAAGCGUCGCAGCUGUGCAGCCAACAGUCUCAGGCUCUAGAGCUCAUCAAGAACAAGAAACGCAAAGACCCUCGCUUCGCUCACAUUAUCCAGGAGUGUGAAGCGAGUCCUCACUGUCGGAGGCUGCAGCUCAAAGACCUGCUGGUGUCGGAGAUGCAGAGACUCACCAAGUACCCGCUGCUGCUGGACAACAUCAUCAAACACACAGAGGCCGGUUCGUCGGACCUCCCCUCACUUCAGCGCGCCCAGACUUGUUGCCGAGGGAUACUGCAGGUUGUUAACGAGCUUGUCGGGGAAACGCUACAUCGGCAACGCCUCAGCCAAUACCAACGCAGGCUUGACGCUGCCCCUCUAUUCAAGAGUCUGGACCUCACCACUAAGAGAAUGAUUCACGAAGGUCCUCUCACGUGGAAAGUCAGCAAAGAUAAGCAGAUAGAGAUUCAAGCGCUGCUGCUGUCAGACUGCCUGGUCCUCCUCCAGAGGGGCCCGGACGACCGGCUGCAGCUCAGAUAUCCAUCCCGCUGGCUGGGCGGAGGCGGAGGAGGCAGCGGAGACAGCAAGACCUCCUUCAGCCCUCUGGUGAAGCUGGACUCUCUGCUGGUCCGCUCAGUAGCUACAGACAACAAAGCCCUCUACGUCAUCAGCACCACAGAGAGGCAGAUCUACGAGCUGGUGGCUGGGACGUCAUCAGAGAAAAACACCUGGAAAGAUUUACUUGAUAAGACCAUCUCGUCGUCUGGCGGUUCAUCACCGCUGAUCAAUCACGGAUCCAUACCUAUAUCUUCCCCAGGUCGACGCAGUGCGUCCCCAGUGCCAGCUGGCUAUGCAGGUAACUCCAUAACGGAGCAGUCAGAUUCCAUGGAGACUCAUUCCUCCAACGACGACAUUGUGCUCUCGGCAAACACACCCACGGACCAAUCGGAGGCGUUCAUCUGUGGCGAAAGAAAAGCAGUCGGUGUGGCAGAGGCCGCUUUACAAGACGUUGAAACACUAAGGCAGCUCAUAAUACGAGAUUUGGAAGAGGACGGCUGGAGCCACGAUUCUGACGACACGCCCACCAACGAGACGGCCAACGAAAGGAACUCGUUCGCCGAAAGACAGCGGCCGGAGUCCCUGGAGACUGUCCUCAACUUCAGCAUCAACGAAUGGGAGGCCGAGCCUGAAGAAGAGGCUCCGCCCCCGGACGCAGAGCAGCCGAGCAGCGUUCAGGUCAUACGGAAAGCUGUGGUUGCGGGUCCUUCUUCUUCUUCUGUCCCUGAGGACAUCACUGCUGAUGUCACCCUCCCCUCCGACCAAUCAUCCAAGCCGAGAGGCGAGGCCACUACGCAGGGGAACACUUUCUAUUUGGUAAUGCCUACCGAGCAGGGAGAGAGCGCCACCGAUGAUCUCAACGACCCUUCCACACCAACCGCCAGCCACUUUCCUCAGCCUCUGGAGGAAGUGACAUCACCACAGACGCAGCCGGAGGAGGAGACGACGCCCGCCUGCGGUCCAGAGCCCAACCAAUCGGAGGCUAUGCAACUGGAACAGGAGGAGGAAACGGGCCAAUCGCAGGCCGGGCACCAGAGCCAUGUGAUCAAAAAUGUAGAUGAGAUUUUCCACACGAUCGAGGGGUUGACGAGCAAGUUGCGACAGCUGAAGGAAAUAGAGAAGUCCCAUCACAAGCUUUUGAAAACCCUCAGAGAGCCCUUUGUCAAUCAGGAGUCAGAGGACCAACAGUGUCACUCGGCAACCGUCUCCAGGACGCCGUCUCUGGAUCGCGGCUCAGGAGACGGCAAAGAGGGCAGUCCGGCAGAGCCCAAGAUUCAGUCGACGGGAUUCUGACGUCGCCGCAGAUCGGAUUUACUCGCGGUCACUCGAUCUUGAUUGUUGGACGCACCCGUACGUACCUGUCGCUGUCAGACUCGGGCACCUCAGCCCCGCCUCCCCCCUCGCCCCCUCGUCCCUGCAUGCACUGGCCAGCGGAACAGAGCCCAGGAAAGGACCGUAAGCUGUUUUUUCAGCACAACCUCUGACUUCUACCAGAGCGCGAGGGAGUCCAGGACGGAGCGAAGGAAAAGAGUAUGAAGGAACAAAAAAAGGCAUAAGACAAGUUGACUGGAGAAGAGAGAGGAAAAAAGUUGGAAAAGUGUAAAAGUUAUGUGAAGGAAAAGGAUGUCUUGCUUUAAAGAAGCUGGUUGAAGAAAAAACAGAGCAGAAAAGUGUUGAAAUGUUAAUUUAAAGGAAAAAUCCGAGGGACCCAUCACCCCUGCACUUUACCCACAAUGCUUCCCUCUGUCGUGUAUGUCCUCCACAGUGGACGCAUCAGGGACUGGAGAUGCCACUGGCUUUAUAUAUAUAGGGGCCGACGUUUGAGCCAAGAUGGCCUCCGGGGGUCCCCGCCCCCCAUCCACUGGUUGCUUUACACUGAGUUCACCUGCCACCACGGCCGAAGGACUGUGUCUAUAUAAUUCAGGUUAUUUGCACUGGGUAAGGAAACCAUUAUCACACACACACACAUACAUUCAUUUAACCAUUUCAUUCAUCUCAGACCAUCAUAUCCCCAACACUGUGGGAGAAACACUAGUUCUUGUCAUCGGGAGCAGUUGCAGCCACACUGACAUAUCUAAGCGAUGUUCAUUUUUUAAGUUCUGGAAACACUACUGCGCUGUUUACUACUGAAAAUGCUGGCAGGUUUUUUUUUUAUUUUCAGCGCUGCUUCAGAGGCGUACAGGGAUCUCAGCGAUUUAACUAAACGAAGCUCAGUGGAUUCACACAGCUGUUUUCCGAUCAUGUAAAGAUGUUUAGGAUGUUUUGGGGGCAAAAAAGGUUCGAGACGGGCAAUGUUGGCGACGAGUGUGAGGAAAGAGGACAAAUACAGAUUCAAACUUGAAUUUUCACUGAAGACCUGUUUGUCGCUCGAUCAAAUUGCUGCCAAAAUCUCGCCUCUGACAUUGCCCGUCUACACUUUAAAGGUUCGACCGGGCAUCCUGUAGCCCUCUCCCCAGUGUAAUGUGUGUGUAAAUAGCACGGUAAAUACUGUGAACCAGCAACUUCUCCCUUCUCCCAUCCAGCAGUCCUACCAUACAUGGUGUUUAUAUCCAUCUAGCCCACAUCCAAAACCCCCGCCCCCCCUCUGCACAGAACAACUUAUAUUUAUUGGGAGAAACUCAAGCACAUGGUCCAAGUAAAGAAACAUUAAAAAACAAUAACUGCUGCUGUAUAUGCAACUGUUAAAUGAAGCAAAAAUGUAAUGGAAUCGUUUGACAUUUUGGGAAACACACUUAUUUGCAAAGAUCGAUACAACUUUCAUGUAUGUACGGUAAAUAUGAAGCUACCGUCUGCAGCUGCUUAGUUAAGCUCAGCUUAGCUCUGUCGACAAAAUCCACCAGCAUCUCUAAAGUUGGGGACACACCAACUCGACGAUGAAGGCCACCUGUUGCGUCGCCUAACGUUGCCUUUGUUUUGGGCAACAAGUUUCACCGGAAACACACCGCAAACACUACAACCAACGGCCAGUUUGCACGUACGUUCUGCAACCGCGUGAAGUGAAAUAACUCUCCACAUCAGCAGGCGGCGGUAGUCAGUAUUCGUCAUUCAAAAAGGGAAACCGGAAGACCGAGGACUGCGUGAUAUACAAGCCGCUGUUAUGAUACGUACAUGAAACAAAGCGGCGUUUGCCGACCAUUUUCGCACCACUCUCAUUCCCCACUUCACCGCUUCAUUCCAGACGGCCGUGUUGAAAAUAUCCGUGUAUAGGAAUGAUCAGAUGAGAUGAAGAUGAAAAAUGAGAAGAGCCAUCUGUGUUUUUCCUCUUGACUUUACUCGGCUCGCUUUCCUCACUUCCGUUGAACAAGCUGAACGGCCAAUCAGGCUGAGGGAGUGAUUUCUCUCACCGACGGGCUCCGCCGCCGAUUCAUCAUGCCGAAUUGGAUGAAAUACCUCAAAAGACGGGCAGACCAGAGCCGAAGUUGCGGGACACACCGCAAAAACAAUUCUGGCGGACGCUCACCGACGACAACAAACUGUCCGACGGCCGACCGUCAGCCUUAAAAGCUCACUAAUAAACACGUUAUAUCUCAUUAGUUCUUAGCUCCGAUCACACCGAGACACGUCGCUAGAAACGCGUCGCCCACAAAACCAUUGUUUUCCUACGGUACGACGCACCUGUGCUCCUCUCAUACGCCGCGUUUUUCCGGCUUUAAAAUAUUCUCAACCUCUCAGCGCCAGAUGCAUAGCCGCACCGCUCGUCGCUGUCAAACUUGACCCAGGCAGCCGAUCAAAUCAAGCAAGAGGGAGUAGUUACCACUUCCUUCCUGUUUUGAUGCAGGUAGAUGUGGUAGUUAGCUGUUGGACUGCGUUAGGGAAGGGGAAAUUCAUAUCUCAUGUUGUGAUAGUUUCAUGUAAGCUUCUGUCUUUGAGAGAUAGAGAGCGAGAGAACACAUUUUCCCGUUAAGAAAAACUAAUUUUAUCGCCUGGUUCGCCUUAUGCCAAGAGGCGUUUUUGAAGCGUUCCGCGCCUCGAUUUGAUCCGCCCCUUAGUCUCUGCAUGUUACUGCGCUUGAACGUAUUGUUUUUACGUUACAGUGUUUUUGCAGAUUAAACAAAUAAGAUAUAACGUGUUCAUUAGUGAGCUUUUAGAGGUGCUGGUUGAUGGAUUUUGUUACCUCAAGACAGAGCCACGCUAGCCGUUUCCCCCCCUUGUUCCGGUCUUUACACUAAGAUAACUUACUUAAACACACGAGAGCAGAUCUCAUCUAACUCAGCAAAAAAAGCAAACUAUCUCUGGAUCAUAUGUAGGAGUAAUUUAAUAUCCUUGACGUUCAGAAUUUUUUUCGUACGCCUUCGUUGAGGCACAUGUAACCAGCAAAGACUGACACUAAAGCCAAGUGCUUUUUAUUUCUCAAACGCCAUAUAUAUCUUAAGCUCUAAAACACUCUAGACAGAAAAUGUAUUUAAACUGUUACAAAGGAGGGAACUUCUUCUUCUAGAGAAAAAUCUUUUGUGUACCAGUUUAAAUGUUUUUUUUUCUCUCUCAUCAAGCUGGGAAGAAUCACACUAGACUGGAUUUUAUUUGAGCUGGUUUCAAAUACUAACUGAGGAGCGCUUUAGUGAGUACCCAGCAAAAACUGACAAUACACUAGCAAACUGAACAAACCAGGAGCCAAGUAUAUACAGUAUUUAUAUACACACUACCAGCCAGAUUCUACUUUUAAAAUGAUAUUUCACUGCCUGGUGGAAGGUUUUCACUCUUUAGCCAACACACACUGAAGGAGAAGUGUAACUUGGCUCACGUACGAACAAAAGAAAUGACUUCAAAUGAGAGCUACUGGGCGGGUGAUUGUAGCAGCUUGGCCCCGUAUGAACUUGAGGAAAUUUGUGCUAAAAUGUAAAAAUGUUCUACCAAAGUGAAAUAUCUCUUCAGAGGUGUUGAAGGGAACAGUUUUUUUUUUUUCUCUCGACAUUUUGGCUGCUGAUUUUUCAAGCAUCUCAGACCAGACGAAAAAAAAAAAAUAUUCCUUUUGUUUUAACACAUUUCCGUGCCACGCUGUGGACACUCGGUCAUCACAUGCAUAACAUAUGUGUUGUCCAUAAUUUGGCGCAAGAAAUGCCAGAUGGUCUGAGCCGGUUGUAUCCCAGUCGUCUACUCGACAAAUCUCUUUCCUCUUUAUUUCCUCCCUCCUCUAACUACAGCAUUUUUCAUCUUCAAUUUCUACCUCUACACUUCUGUUUCUUUGUAUCUUUCUUCUUUUCAUACAUUUAUCUUGUACAUUGACAUCAGCGUUGGAGCCGUAAUUGGCCGUAAAAGAAAAAAAAAAAAAGCUAUAACUUUUCCUUUUUUUAAAAAGAUAUUGCACAAACAAACUUCCCUGCACGGUGCAAACUACUGUAUGCAUACACACGUCUUUAACUAUCAUCUCAUUGUCUUUUUAUUUUUGCCUUUUUAAAAAAACAAACAAAAAAAAAACGUGUUCACUCAUGUAAUAUAGAGAGAUCAGACCCACUUGUUUUAUAUAUGUUCAUUUUUUUUUCUGUAAAGCCUUAGUCCUCGUAUUUGAUUUUAUUUUUGUAGAUAUGAUUAUUAAAAAAAAAAAGGAUGUAUAAAUUAUUUUCUUCUCCCUUGUUUUUAAAAAUUGGUGAGAUUGUUUAGCUGCACAGAAGGAAAAAGAGAGCUCAUGUCUCAGAUUCAUGUGUUUUGUGAGAUUAAAAAGAAACUGGAUAAAGAAAAGAAAA